CUGGAGAAGGAGAAUGCUGACCACAGUUCUAGAUGUUCCCUUAAGGCUGAAAAGGAGAAGACCAAACUCCGCCAAAGCUCUUGGAAAACACUACUGAAAGGCAGAGAAAGUGAUGGAAUGAGAAGGCCAGUGGUACCCAGCCUGGCUCAGCCUCGGGAAGUCUUUCGCUCCCCUAGUUGUCCCCUACAAGGGGUCAGUAAUGAGAAUGGGAAACUAUCCAAGGACAGGGAGGAACAGUCCAAGGAGCAGAUGUUCCUAGGUGCUCCCUUUGUCCCUCUGCAAGUCCCCUACUCCACCAUGCAAGCCAGGGUUUUGGCGUCACCAGAUCAAAGGAGAAAAAGUGAACCAGCCAUCAAAUGUAUGACUGCCCGAGAGAGUGGAGAAUACCUGCAGACAAUGGUGGGUAGUUUGGCUGUCUCUCCUGAGGAAACCUGGCCAAAAUCACCUGGCAGCCCCCCGAUUCAUCAGGUCACAUCCCUUAGCUAUCCCUGCUCUCCCAUGUAUGACAGCAAGGACAUGCCCUGCAAGCCCAUGAGUCCCAAACCCCAGAGCCCCAGGCCCAAUGCUCAGCGCAGAAGCUUUCAAUACUCUGGAAGGGUCAAUGCCAUCUCCAUGAUUUCUCUGGGGAAUUGCUAUAAUACAGAAGGCAGUUCUGAGGCACCUGAGAGGCCAAAGACUCUCAAACCCCGAGCUACUUUCCUACUUUCCUUGCAUGAUUUGGACCACGAGUGCCAAAAGGAAGAAGGUAGCACGAGCAUCUUGUCUCAGGGCAGCCUGACUGCAGCAUCCGCUGCUCAGGAGGUCCUGGAAAAUAAGGACCUUACCUUCCAAAACAACCUGCUGUCAGAAGGAAGACCAGGUGAGAAGCUGGUUUGCCACUAUGGUAAGAGGGUCCCUCCCACAGUGCCCACCCAAAGACCCUUCUCCACCAUUGAAAACAUCACCUGGACUUUCCCCUUCCUCUCUGCGGACAGAAAUCCCUCGGAAACAUCCUGCAAGACUACAACAAUGUCUCGGAACCACUAUGCCAGCCUUGAUGACUUGUGGCUGGAGAAGCAGCGGAAAAGGAAAUUUAAAAAACAGGCCCAUUUGGAGAGGGGGGUGCAUGCUGGGACGCUGCCAAAGGACCUGGUCAAAGCUCGCAUGAAGAUGUCCCUCACUUCCCCUGUGCCUUUAGACAUUCUUGCUCUGAAGAUACAACCAUUCUCCCAGAGUGCUCCAACCUGUUUGGACCACAAGUGUUGGAGAGAACGCAUACCAUUCUCUGUGAUUCCUGAUGGAGCCCUGGAUAAGUCAGCCCUUGGAGAUGAGCUGGGGAGUGAGGAGGAUCUGUAUGAGGACUUCCGAAGCUCCACUCACCAUUAUGGCCACCCAGGAGGAGGAGGAGAGCAACUGGCCAUCAAUGAGCUUAUCAGUGAUGGCAGUGUGGUCUACGCUGAGGCACUCUGGGACCAUGUCACCAUGGAUGACCAAGAACUGGGAUUCAAGGCUGGAGAUGUUAUUGAAGUAAUGGAUGCAACAAACAAAGAGUGGUGGUGGGGACGGAUCCUCGAUGGUGAGGGCUGGUUUCCUGCCAGCUUUGUCCGGCUUCGGGUCAACCAGGAUGAGCCCAUGGAAGACUAUCCUGCUAAGGCCGAGGAUGGCAAAGAAGCAGACGCUGGCAACAUGUCCCGGCGCCAAGGCACAGCCCAGACCAGCAAGGAUCAGAUGAGGACCAACGUGAUAAAUGAGAUCAUCAGCACUGAGAAAGACUACAUCAAACACCUGAAAGACAUCUGUGAGGGCUACAUCAAACAGUGCCGCAAGCGGGCAGACAUGUUUACAGAAGAGCAGCUGAAAACAAUCUUUGGGAACAUCGAGGAGAUUUACAAAUGCCAGAAAAAGUUUGUGAAGGCGCUGGAGAAGAAGUUCAACAAAGACCAUCCCCACCUAAGUGAACUGGGCUCCUGCUUCUUGGAAUAUCAAAAUGAUUUCCAAAUCUACUCAGAAUAUUGCAACAAUCACCCCAAUGCCUGUGUGGAGCUUUCUAAGCUGGCCAAAGUCAACAAGUAUGUGUACUUCUUUGAAGCCUGCAGGCUGCUCCAAAAGAUGAUUGACAUUUCCCUGGAUGGUUUCUUGCUGACCCCCGUGCAGAAGAUCUGCAAAUACCCUUUACAGCUGGCCGAGCUGCUCAAGUACACAAAUCCCCAACAUAGGGAUUUCAAAGAUGUAGAAGCUGCCUUAAAUGCUAUGAAGAACGUAGCCCGGCUUAUCAAUGAACGGAAGAGGAGACUUGAAAAUAUAGAUAAAAUUGCUCAGUGGCAGAGUUCAAUAGAGGACUGGGAGGGUGAAGAUGUCCUUGCCAAGAGCUCUGAACUCAUCCAUUCCGGUGAACUAACCAGAAUCUCCCAACCCCAAGCCAAGAGCCAACAGAGAAUGUUUUUCCUCUUCGACCACCAGCUUAUCUACUGUAAAAAGGACCUUCUGCGGAGGGACAUCCUGUACUACAAGGGCCGAAUCAACAUGGAUGACAUGGAGAUUGUGGAUUUGGAAGAUGGGAAAGAUAAGGACUUUAACAUCAGUGUUAAAAAUGCCUUCAAGCUUCAUUGCAGCUCCACUGAUGAAAGCCAUCUAUUCUGUGCUAAGAAACCUGAGCAGAAAUUACGCUGGCUCAAGGCCUUUGAGAAUGAGAGGAAACAAGUCCAGCUGGACCAGGAGACAGGCUUCUCCAUCACAGAGGUACAAAAGAAACAGGCCAUGCUGAAUGCAAACAAACAGCAGUCCAGUGGGAAACACAAAGCCGUGAACCGGCCUUACUAUGACUUCCUGAUGCGCCAGAAGCAUCCCACGUUGCCCGCCAAUCUCCCACAACAGCAAGUCUUCAUGCUGGCCGAACCCAAGCGGAAGCCAUCAAACUUCUGGCAGAAUAUCAGCAGGCUCACCCCGUUCCGCAAGUGACCAGCCGGAGGGGGUGGCCGCUGCGCCCGUGCCUCUACAUCGUCCCUCUCCUCACCCUGUCCAAUAAAGCACUUUAAGGAUCGGCCCCAAACAGACUCAUCACCGGCUCCUCCAGCCCUCUCUGCUCCAUCCCCGAGUCUCCAUCCCCACGUCCCUCCUCUCCCUAUUUAUUUUGCAGACUGAAUCCCCAAGUGGGGGAGGCAGCAAUUUGGUGUCAUCGGGGUUGGUGCCUUUUUUUGUUGUUUUGCUUCCUUGACAUUGUUAGGGCGAACUGGGGAGAUCAUCCGAAACCAGACCGCGGACGGCCACGCAGAGACUGGCCUUGGCGAUGGCUCUUUCCUAGCCGCCCUACCAGCAACCCCUUUGCGCCCCCAAGCUGGGGACACGGGGGCAGCUGUCUCCUCCCCCCGCAACCGUUUGCCCACCACAAGGAUUUUACAUUUUGACUGGUUUGGCCACCACCUCGACCUUCCUCACCGGCGCCGAGGAACCCCUCCUGGAACAACAUCCGGCACUGACUGAGCUUGCUCGGAACUAGGGGUUCUCACUGACUUGACUUCUCUCCAGUUUCAGGUUUUUGUUUCAUUCAAGGGUCAAUCCCAGAUUCCUUCCUCUUUGGAAAUUCUCCCAUGGCCUCGCGGUGGUUUCUUAGCAGGUGUAACCAAUCAUUUGGCCUUCUUUUCUGUCUGCCUGGAUAAGGCUUGUAUCUGUCUCACCGACCCUUGUUACCUUCUUUCUGGCUUUCCCCAGCUAUGGGGGAGCCCAUCCCUAGUCCAUGUUGAAUGGUGCCAUUCAGCUACCCGCAUGGAGUAAAGUACAAGAAACUCACAACCUAGUUUCUGAUGUGUUUUUCCCCUCCUUUGAGUUAGGUAAAUUAGGAAAUGGGAAUACUGUGCCUAAGCAAAUCUCAGAUCAGAACGGUUCUUGACUUUCUAUCCCAUACCCUGCCGGUUCAUUCCUCAAUUCUGCUCCAUUCCCAGCCAGUGAAAAUGCCCUCUUCAUUUGUAAUGUGUUUAUUUAUGGUCAAAAAAAAAAAACAAACAAACAAAAACAAAAACAAAUACAGUCAGCUGUGUAUUUUGUAAAGGUUUGUAACCUGUCUCAUCAGCUGUUGGUGACUCUCGUGCCUGUUUCCGUUAUUUUUUUGUUGUUGAUGUUGUUGGUUUUUCGAGGGUGGGGGGAGGGGUUAGGUUGAUUUUCUAAUAGGAGAAAAAGAAUCGAUUUAAUCCUUGGUUAGUAACAGAAAAAGAUUUGCCUUACCAUAGUGAGAGCUAGAAGCCAUAACGACUGAAUUCUGUAGUGCCCACAUCAUUUGGGGAGGUGGGAGUCAAACAUAAUCCUAGAAGAGAUGACUUUUUUGGAGGCUGGCCCAGGCUUCACCCAGAAGGAAGCGGAGGGGGUGUGAGAUGUUGGUUGUGACAGUUGGUCAUUGAGCUUGGAUUUGGAUGUCCAAGGAUACCAUGAAUUCAGUAUAGCAUGUAAGAAAAAAAGUCAUUCUUGCACUAUGCCUUUCUCUGAACCAGAGGCAACAUUUAAUUUCAUAAAGAAACUUCUGAAAAGUGACAUGCC